CGUUCAUUCAUCCGCUCAUUCAUGAUCUGAACUUAACAAUCUUCAUACAUCUUCCUUGCCUUUGGAUUUCAUUUUAAAUCUUCAUUGCAUAUUAAACACCUGUUUAACAAUAUCAACAGUCACGAUCUGCGUAUCCGCUACCUCGCUGUACUUAAGCGUUUUAUUAAAAUCCUCCCACUAGCAGGCAUUUCUCCAUCCUUUGUUAGACAGACGCCAAGAUGAACGCGCCAGAUCGUUUCGAGCUGUUCCUCCUUAACGAGGCAGCUGACGAGAAGAAGAUCACCGAGAAGCCUUUCGCUGGCAUGUCAAACACCUCGGACUUCAUCAUUCUCAAGGAAGACCAUACCAUCGGCAACCUGCUUGCCGAGCACUUCAAGCAGCACCCUCACGUGAUGAUGGCCGGCUACAAAGUUGCCCAUCCCAACGUCCCCGAGGUGUUGAUCCGUCUCCAGACCGACGGCACCGUCACUCCGCGUGAGGUGUUCGUCGAAGUGUGCAAGCAGCUUGUCGCUUCUCUUGGACAGCUUGCGCAGAACUUCACCCGAGAGUACGAGCUCCGCCGCAUGGCCACCGCCGGCGAGCAGGAUAAUUCCGGCGGAGGUGCCAACGGUAGACAUUAAGCAAUUUUUUAUCACUGCAGCAUACAUUAUCAUUAUGCAUUAUGGACGGGGUUUGGUCGGAUACCAGGCGUUACGGACUUGUUUCCUUUUUUUCUUAGCUCAUGUAAAAGGCACUUUACAGUGUUCCUAGGGACAGGCAGGUAGUAUCAUCCUUCGGAUGGACUAGGGACCUCUAUCUAGGUCGUCUUAAUCGUCAUAAUUCCAUUGAUUUUCCUAACUCCUUGCUUACCCAUCGUAGUAUGCAAGAUAGUGAAUGUACUUGCCCCUCG